UUGGGAUCCAGAGGCAAAAUACCACUUCAUGUGCAGGAAGCACAGUUAGUAGGGCAGACUACUCACAGGCUCCGUGAUACUGUCCCCUACCUUGUUUUUACUUGCCAAGCAAGUAAAGCAGUGAUAUCAAAAUUAUGUACAAACAGACACUUAGACUGAACAUAUUUUUCUAAGCCUAAGGGGAAGGUCGACUGCAGACACACUUCCAUCUCAUCGAGACCAAAAAACAUGCCAAACACCGACACAGACAAGAAGAUGCUCCACAAGCUGGGUUUCACGCUGAGGGAGACAUUAGGAGAGGGUAAAUUCUCCAAUGUGAAGGUGGCCACCUCCACCAAACACAAAGAACCCCUGGCCAUCAAGGUGGUGGAUCGGCGACGAGUCUCCCAAGAAUCUGUGCAGAAGUUUCUGCCCCGGGAGCUCUCCAUCCUCCGCAAGCUUGACCAUCCCAACAUCGUGCAAACCUUGGAGAUCUUUGACAUGACCAACGAGAUGGUCUACAUCGUGAUGGAGUCAGCAGGCACUGACCUGCAGCAGCUGGUACAGAAGAUGGGCAAGAUGCCCUGUGUCCCUGAUGCCCGGGACAUCUUUGUGCAGGUUGUGGGGGCUGUGUGUUACCUCCACGGCUGCAACAUCGUGCACCUUGACAUCAAAUGUGAGAACAUCCUGCUCAGUGCUGAUGGUCGCCAGGCCAAGAUUGCUGAUUUUAGCCUGAGCAAGGAGGUGAGCAGCGUCCCGGAACUGAGCACCACCUUCUGUGGGACAGAAUCCUACGUGGCCCAAGAGCUUUGGCUGCGUUUCCCCCAUGACGCCAAGAAGGUGGACGUGUGGAGCCUGGGGGUGGUCCUUUUCGCCAUGGUGACUGGCUCCUUGCCCUUCCACGGCUGCCUCUGCAACAUGGUCCAGAAUCAGCAGCAAGGGGUUCUGCACCUGAGGGGGGUGUCCCAGCUGCCGGAGCCCUGCCAGGCCCUCAUCGUCCAGAUGCUGCAGUUCUUCCCACACACCCGACCCAGCAUGGAGCAGGUGGCCAGCAACAGCUGGCUGAAGGGGGAUAACUAA